GAAAGGGAAACGCACGCUCGCAAUUACUCCUGGUCUCAGCCUCGUUUUUUUGCCUUGGGGAAGUGGCAAGAAACAGAGUCUUGCGCGAGGACCCAGUUCCAGUCCAGAGGAGGAGAGGCCAGAAAGGAGCAGAGCGUCGCGGGGGAACGCUCGGGAGCUCGAAUCUUGGCUGUCCGAAUCGCGGGUUUCGGCAAUUGGGGAAGCUUCGAGGGGUUCUUCUUUUUCGAGUAAGGAGCGAAAGCUUUUUCUUUUUUUCCCAUUUUCGGCGCGACCAUUCUCCUCGAUUCCGAUAUAAAUAAGAUCCGGUCCCCUGGCGUCUGUUGGUCUCUGUUGUGCUGUGGAAAAUGAAUCUUGGGAGAGGAAAAUUCGAGUCUUGUGGGGUGACGGGUCGGGUUUGCGUUUCUUGAUUCGCGAGCGGGCGUGGUUUUUUUUAUCGUGUUCCGGUAUGUUUUCGCCUCGCAAGGUGUCGGAUUUCUCGAGCCGAGGGAGGAAGGAGCCGGGCCGAGAUCAAGAAACGUGGGAUUUAUGUCGUCUGGGUUUGAUCUGGUUGCUGGAGCUCUGACGCGGCUCUGUUUCUGUACUCUGCUUCUCCGGUCGGUCACGUGCUCCGCCCGGUGCAUGCAACAUCGGUCGCUUGAUCGGAGCGUCGGACCGUGUAAUUCCGCCUCGUUCCAUGUGAUUGAAGUCGAAAAGGUAAACUUGAUUCAUAGCCCAUUGAAUCUUUCAGGCAAGUGAAGAUGCCUCGUAUUGAUAGGAGAUUGUGGCACCCGAUCACGAGUUGCAAGAAAGUUAAGGGGAAGCGACCGGGCGAUGAGAAAAAUCUCGAACAUGUGAGGAGAAUCCGUGUAAUGUAUAACGACCCUGAUGCGACUGAUUCUUCCAGCAGCGAUGAUGAGGGCAUGUACAUUGCUGAGGGGGGCAUGUUUAAGCAGAAUAAGCAGGUCAUCAAGGAGAUAGUCAUUCCUGUCAACUCACAUAAAUCAUCGGGUGAGGGAUGUUCCCGCGCAAAUAACGGUAGCCAGAAGUAUAUUAGCAUAAGCAAGAAGUUUGGUUGCGCUGCUUCUGCACGUCAAGAAAAGAACAACGUGCCGCCAACUCCUUCCGAAUAUAGAGGAGUGAGGCGGAGGCCGUGGGGGAAAUAUGCAGCCGAGAUUCGAGACCCUAUCAGGAAAGUCCGCGUGUGGCUUGGGACUUUUAAUACUGCAGAAGAGGCUGCGCUAGCUUACCAAAGAAAGAAGCUUGAAUUCGACGCCCUCUCUGUACCGGGGAAGAACAACACUACUUGCCAACACUUGACUGGUCCUGCUUUCUUGGUUCCAUCCCCUUCAUCCGUGCUCGAUGUUCCUAGUUCUUCUUCAUCAGGUAAUCGCCAUGAAGUAUCAGCCCUAGAACAACGUGGCAAAGACAAGGUGCAGAUAUUUGGCAAUGCGAGAUCAGAGCCACACUUAGAUGAUGAUUCAUGCAUCCAGGAGUUUUUACUAGAACCAGUACCAUCAAUGUCAAUCACUGAGGAGUUUUAUUGCGCCGAGGAGUUUUAUUGUGGCGGCUUGGACAAGAAUUUGCUGCUCCAGGAUGAAUCUGACGAUGUUCUUCAGGAUGGAAUUGCAGGAACCGACGAGAAUCUUGGCGAGGGCGAGUUUGGCGAGGCGAGUUUGGCGAGGACAAGAUGCAUGAUCUUGCGAACAUCGAGAUCAAUCUAGACAAGGAGGAGCUUGCUUGGAUUGACGAGGCUCUGAAUUUCCCGUCCUUGUAAGUUGUUGCAGAUCAGAACCUCUGCUGCUUUCCUUUAUGGCGAUUUUGUAGAGCAUAUACCAAAGGAGAUCUCGAGUCGGGGCAAGCUGUCGAACCCGAUUCACCAAUUCUACAAGACUUUCAGGUAGUGAAAAUUUUGACAAUCUAACUAUAGAUGGUAUGUUAUUUUUAAAUGCAUAUGGAUCUGGGAGAAUAAAUUUUCUGGAGUUACUGGUUUUGCCUGUUCUUGUUGCUGUGCCCUUAGGCAUAUUCAUUUGCUAGUGCAAUAAGCUUCUUGUGAUGACAAUUUCACAAGACAAUAUCUAAGUGAAAAAUACAUUUCUUUUAUCA